ACAGGAUGCGGCCGGGGCUGGGCGCGGGCAGGCGGCAUGGCCCCCCCGCCUAAGGGCCCCGCCGCCCGCAAGCUGCUCUGCAUGUGCACCCUGUCGCUCUGCCUCACCUACGCCUGCUACAGCCUGAUGGGGGGGCCCGGCGGCCGCCGCGCCCCGCUCGCCGCCCGCGCCGCCCCCAGCGCCUCCGCGCCGCCCGCCAGCCCCGCCAGCCCCGCCGCCGAGCCCUCCCGCGCCGGGGCCCCAGCCUGGCUCCGCACGCCGCCGCCGGACGCCAGCCCCGGCCCCAGCCGCAGCAGCAGCAGCCCCGGCCCCGGCGGCGCCCCAGCCACCACGCCGGACUACGGCGAGAAGCGGCUGCCGCAAGCGCUGAUCAUCGGCGUGAAGAAAGGGGGGACCCGCGCCCUGCUCGAAGCGCUCCGGGCGCACCCCGACGUGCGCGCCGUCGGCACCGAGCCCCACUUCUUCGACCGCAACUACGCCAAGGGCCUCGACUGGUACAGAGAUGUGAUGCCCAAGACCCUGGAAGGACAGCUCACCAUGGAGAAAACGCCCAGCUAUUUUGUCACCAGUGAGGCUCCCAAGCGCAUCCACUCCAUGGCCAAAGACACCAAGCUGAUUGUGGUGGUGCGCAACCCAGUGACCAGAGCUAUCUCCGACUACACACAAACCCUCUCCAAGAAGCCAGACAUCCCUACUUUUGAGGUGCUGGCCUUCAAGAACCGAACACUUGGGCUGAUCGACGCCUCCUGGAGUGCCAUCCGGAUCGGGAUCUAUGCACUGCACCUAGAGAACUGGCUCCAGUAUUUUCCUCUCUCACAGAUCCACUUUGUUAGCGGCGAGCGGCUCAUUGCAGAUCCUGCCGGGGAGAUGGCCAAAGUGCAAGACUUUCUGGGUCUCACGAGGGUGGUGACAGAGAAAUUCUUCUACUUCAAUAAGACCAAGGGGUUCCCUUGCCUCAAGAAGCCCGAGGACAGCAGCGCUCCCCGGUGCCUUGGCAAGUCCAAAGGCCGAACUCACCCCACGAUAGACCAGAACGUGAUCCAGAGGCUGCGGAAGUUUUACAAGCCCUUCAACGUCAUGUUUUACCAAAUGACAGGAGAGGAUUUCCAAUGGGAGCAGGAAGAGGAGGAGAAGUGAAGCCCGGAGGGAGGUGCCGUCUCCUCUCCAGUGAACCUGCUGGCGGCUGGAGAAGCGCCUACCUUUCCUAGCCUGAGAUCCAUGACCUUUUCUGCCACGUCAAUAGCCAAAGCUCCCUUUUUGCACCUGGACAAAGUACACUCGCCUCCCCCAUGUUCCCAGAGUAGCAGGGGUCUGAGUGUGGAGGCUGUCCCAUGGACACAUCUCUGGGACCCUCAGCAGCCCUAGCAGAACCGAGUCUGUGUCUUUGUGGUCUUUGUGCAUUCAGAGAGGAAGGAUGGAUGGCUGCCUAUCGAAAAAGGGAAGACCACCGUUUGGCAACAGUUUGUGGAAACCUCGACCUGUUCAGAGUGCCCUUGCUGCGAAAGACAAUGUCUGUACUAAGAUGUGGUUUUCUCGAAGGGAGAAGAGCUACUUCAUGCAUCCUGCCUACAUCAGCGUAUUUCCAGAUAUUUAUUUUUGAUAUGGCCGGAGCCCUUGAGACCGGCAGGUGGAAGCCAGAGGAAAAAGUCUUUCUAUGGAAGCAGGGCUGUUUCGUGGGUGGUGGCGAGAACCGCGCCCAGGUGUUCCUCCCCAAAACAAUCUGCAGGGCUUUGUUGGUUUGUGUGACCCUCGGCUUCCCUGCAGAGAUGAUUUCACUGUGUGGGCAUGCUGAGGAAGAAGAGCCAGGUUGUUGGGGUGCCUCCUCAGCUCUGCUCCUCUGCGUUUGCUUGGCAGGACAAUUGUCUUCCGAGGAAGCUGCCAGCUCAGAGAAUGCUGCCUCUGUGCCCCCCACCCCCCUCUGGUCUCCCCUUUUUAGAUGUCAGCAUUCUCCUGCACACGAGAUUGAAUUUUGUAUUUGAUUUCAAUUAGCAAAGCAGAAAUUAUAUUUAAUUUUCUACUCAAAGAGACUGGAUGAUUUAUUGUCCUGAGAAGCUUGGGAUAUAAUUGUUCAGAGACUAACAAUGGAAGGAUUCACAGCUAGACUGCUACGCUGCCUCCCUGGCCGUCACCCCCCCCCCCCCGCCGCGCCUCUGCCUGUCCGUGUCAUCAUCCUUGACUUGAAAGUUAGGAUAAUGCCAGAUGUGAACCUGGAGCCAAACCGUUCUUCACAAUAAAAACAUUGCAACUGCUGAA